AUGCAAGCCGCAAGCACGACUUGCUCCGUUGAAAAUCUUGGCCCGCGAGCCAGCUUGGGGGGUUUACAGCUGGUCCACCUGGCUUCUUUUUUUCCCUUUUUGUUUUCUUUUCUUGCAUGGUACCGGAUGGAAAAGUACACUAUGGGCUUGAGAGUUAGCCUCAUAUCUCGCUUCACACCCUGCUCUAUGCCGUCUGGCUUGCUUCGUUGCAAGGACGCAAUGGCUCUUUCUACGAUGGCCCCUCUGGUUUUCGCAAGAGCCACUUUCGCCUUGUAUGAAGACGGGCUCGACGAGCUCGGGAUGUGUCGGGGAACGAAUCACCUUGGACUUUGCUUUCUUUCUUGA